UAACAAUAAUCAGUGAUUGAAGGGUGAAGGGAGAUGAUACGAGCUUUAUGGCAGAUUUUAUUCUACAAUACAGCAUUGCUUGGAUUGACUUUAGCGAUAUGCAAGCCCCCAGUAGACAAAACAUGCCAACUGGAUGGGAUAAAAUUCAGUGGAACACAGAUAGUUAAACUUUCUGCUAGAGACUUUAACACGUGUGCAAUAUAUUGCAUGUGGUCUGAAGAUAAGUGUAAUGGUAUUUCUUUUGAGUCGUUUGAAGAAGGAGGAUCCUGCAUAUUAUUCUCUGAAGUUACUGCCUGUGAGGUGGACCAACCGAACUGGAAGUCUUCCUACAAAUGCUAUUCUUCACAGUCAGGUGAUUUAUAUAAGUGGGAAAUGUUCCCAGAUAAGUUACCUGAUAACCUCACGCUUGCAGUGGAUGGAUCAUAUGGAAUGGAAGAGGAUUCUGAUGUGAUCUUGAACUGCACUAUUCCGAGGUUGAAUGAUCUGUUUAUCAACACGGAUAUAACUUACAGAUGGUACAAAAGAACACUUCUUAACGAAAUAAAGAUUGAACAGACUCCGAGUGACCAAAAAUUACGUUUGAAUUCAGUUCGACGUCCAUCAUCAGACCAUAGUGAUGAUGGAUUCUAUAGCUGUGAAAUUGUUGUAUUUUCAAAUAUCACCAUAAGAAGUCCAGAAAGAUAUCUUUAUGUAGUCUAUUUGGCGAAAAAUCUAAACAGACCAACGAAGACAACAUUUUCCGGAGGAGACAAGUAUGUGGUUCUAAAUUGUAAACCUCCGGAUAGUAAUCCACCAGCUAUAGUGGAGUGGUUCUACUUCAAGAAUCACAUAAAACAUCACGAACGCAUCAGCGAAGUAAAGAAAUUGAACUAUGUGAUAGUUGAUGGCAACUUAGUUAUUUUAAAUCCAACUAAAAAGACUGUACAAGCCUACUACUUUUGCAAAGCAAAAAACAUGAUGCUGAAAGAAAGCGUAGAAAGUCCUCCAGUUCAUCUCUACUGCUCUGGAUGCACUGAAGAUAACGAUGACUACGCGGAUAACAAAGCUGACGUUCCCAAAAACUGGAAUUCCCUAACGACACAUCUUGCUGGAGCUAACCUUGAAGAUGGCUUGACUAAAUUAAAGGGACAGGAUAAAAACGGAGUUUGGAGUGAAGAAGAAAAAAUAUUUCGAUGUUUUUUCAUUGAAAGUAUCGGAGUUGAAAUAACUUGGACGUUUGCAGGCAGUAGAGAAGUAGUCGAGGGCGACGGUGUUGACAUUAUGGAGGGUAAUCAAGUUUUAAUGCUGUCACCAGAAAAAAUACUCGAGCUACAGAGAAAGGAUCUGCAAGGAGUUACCUGCUCUGCGGGGAGGGAAAGUUUGAAAAUUAGGUUUCCACCGCGAGUCGAAGAUUUCAUAGAGAAGACGUUCAUGCUGAAUUUAAACCCGGAUAUGAAUGAGCUGUCUGAUAUCUUAUUGAAAUCAAGUGCUGGUCCACUAUUUAAAGAGGGUGAGAUAUUACGAGAAAAAGAGAAGUAUAUGUUUGCUUCACACAGUGUACCCUCCAAUGCUCGUAUUGGAGACACUCACUUAGAUUUCCUCGCCGUCAGAGGGGAAAAUUGUAGCAAGUACAAGUUACUGAACUGCACCUUCGAAAAUGUUGCUCUUGGUGAAAAGGAUACGUCAUGUGACGGGAUUAAAGCUCAUUGCAAGCUUAAAUCUCUUUCCAAGACUACAUACUGGAUAAACGACACAAGGUCGGACUGCAAGCUAAAAAAGAUAAGCGACCUUAGCCUGGAUUCCAUCAACGUGUUACAAGGACAACUAGUAAAUUUGACAUUGAACGUCGACACAGCAAAGAAUGAACUUUGUCUAGUGUCCUCGCAGUUACUGCUACAAGAACUUGAGAAUAACCAAAUUUAUUAUGAACAUGAUGAUAGACUGAACGCUGCUUUGAUCAUAUUGACUCAGAUGAGUUCGUCAAUGAAUGUUUCUUCUGAUUUCCGGAAAAGAGCGAAAGACCUAAGACUAGCCUUCAUGAAAAAUGUUAAAUUAGAGAAUGGCUUCAGAACCACCCACGGAAAGAAGGUUACUAGGGUCUUAUGGGAAGUUCAGUUUCCUCUAGCAAAGGAAGAAACACUUAAAUUUCCUAUGGCAGAGGGGGUAAAAGAGACUGAAAUAAAAAUCACACUGCCAAGGGGCCUCAAUAACAUAACUGCUCUCGCGGGGUCUCAAUCUUUUAUAGUCUCCCUAUACCAUGAUCCUGAAACUGAUUUCAAUAGCAAACUAGAAGAUACACGUUACGUCUCGAAAUUGGUAGAUGUUGAGCCGCCAACCGAGUUAUCUGGGCUAAAGAAGGAUCAAGAGAUCUCAAUCGGAAUUAGGCUAACUGAUAAGAACAAGUUUAGUUUGAACUACCACCCUUUGUGCCAUUGGUAUGAUGAAGAAGCGCUCUCUUGGAAGACUGAUGGAGUUACGACAACAUUUACAGAAGACGGUACUUUGGAAUGUAACACGACUCAUCUGACUGCAUUCUCUGCACUAAUGAGCACGAAACUACCUUCCCCGCACGACAGUAUACUAUCCUACCUAACCUACGUGUGCGGGGGAAUGUCGUGUUUUGCUCUAGUGCUCACUCUCAUAGCCCUCACUUGGUUCAAGGACAUCAGACGGUCUCCUUCUAACAAGAUUCACAUCUGCCUGGCUACAACCAUGUUAAUUGCCAUGCUCCUCUUCCUGGGAGGAGCAAAACAUUAUGAUGGCAUGAACGAGCACCUCUGUAAAGCUAUAGCUAUAGCUCUACAUUACUUGUGGUUAACUAUGUUUAUGUGGACUGUGGGGGAAUCUUACAAUCUCUGGUUGCUCUUCAUCAGGAUCCUUCAAGCUAGAAGCUCCAGAUUUAUAAUGAAAUUAGCGAUAAUGGUAUUUGUGAUACCGGGACUGAUUGUUGGUUUAACUGCCGGAAUAUCUUAUGACAGUUAUACUGACGAGACAGUUUGUCUGCUUCGGAAUUCCAACGAGAACAACAUACCAAUGCUAUACUUCGCUUUCUAUAUUCCAAUUGGUGUAUCGAUUAUAGUAAACGGGGGUAUCUUCAUCGCUGUUGUCGCCAAAAUCUUCAAGAAAGGAAGAUACCAGCAUUUCGAGAGUAAAGUACAGAAAAUAAUCUCACAGUUGAAGGCUGUUUGUACUUUGUCGUGUGUUUUGGGUCUCGCCUGGGUGCUGGGGUUUUUGGUGUUCGACCAUCCCGCUAAUAUUGCAUUUCACUAUCUGUUUACUGUCUGCAAUACUCUGCAAGGAGUCCUGAUUUUCAUCUUUCACUGUGCAAUCAAACCGGACAUUUACCAGAAGUGGUUGUAUUUCUUCUGCAACAUUGGGAAGGAAUCUAAAAGUACACCCAGUAGCAGAUCAAAUACUCCAACAAAAAGCAGACUGGAUUUAUUUACCGGGAUGUUCCAAAAACGAAGCUCCAUAGUAACCCUCUCCACCACCGUCACCAAGUUGAGUCUGACAAAGCAGCUGACUCGCCAAAGGACUGACAGCAAAGAUUCCCUAACUGCCGGUAUGCAAACAGCGGUGGCUCUAAUGAAGAAAGCAUCGCUGGAGCCACUUGAAGAAAAGGAAAGCUCCGUUGCUAGUCCUUCACUGGAGCCUGUUAAAAUAGUACGGAAAAAGAUGUUAAGCUCCCGAUCCUCACUUGGAGACCAGUCAGGGCACGAUUUAACUCCUCCGGGUGACCCUGUUCCCAGCUAUUUCGAGUUCCUGGAAGCUCAAGAAACUAACACUAACAAUCCCAAGAGAUCAACUUUACCGAAAAGUUUUGCUAAUGCCCAGACAAAGAUUAGAGAUGCAGUGGCAGCCAUAAGUCCUGAACGCCAUGACGGACCUAAGCUAAAGAAAAGAAGUUUCCACGGUCGCGACCGCGAAUAAAGAUAAAGUAAUCAUUGCAGGAAAGAAGAUAAUAAGAAGCCAGCAUAUGCGAGUAGAGGAGCAAAGUCAGCAAUUAGCUGAGAUUGAGCUUAACUUGGAGCAACGACUAUUCGUAUUAAACAGCAGCAGUCCUGAUUCAAGUUCGUAUGCCUCCGGAAAAAGGUCCGCUUCUCCUCUAGAUCUGAUCAGAGGCCGAGGAAAAAUAACACCCACGCCCCCACCACAGAGUGAAGUUGUAAAAUUCAAGAGAAAACAAACUCUAAAACAAACUCCCAAAGCGGAAAUAGAUCAAUUGUCAACACUAAAAAAUGGUGCUAAGUUCAAGGCAAGGUUGACUCCUAAAACUUCACUGGAAAUAAAGCCCCAAACUCCGAUUACCACUAAACUUUCUCAGUUAGAAGAAUGGAUUCUUUGAGAGCACUUAUAAGAUCCGGGACAGAAUGACACCUUAUUUAUCAUUUCAUAUGAUUUAUUUCUAUAAAUAGUUUUUGAAUAUAUCUGGUAUAGCUGCAUAUCAAAAUCUUAUUUAUCUUUGUUCUUUUGUUGAUAUUGUGAUAGAACUUGCUUAGGAUAUCUUAAUAAGUGUAAAUAUUUUGACCACUUUUCGUAAUGAAGAUUUAUGAUUUAUUUAAGUAUUAUGAAACUAUUUUACCAAAACCAAUAAUCAUGGGUAAAGUGGAGCACUACACCGGAGGCAGCUGUACUCAGCAAUAACGAUUCGAUAAAACUCAGCUAAUUGGACACUAAUUACCGCCCUUAUCCCGAAGUACCAUGGGCCCGAAAGCGACCCAAAUGGAUUUUUACAGAGUGUAAUUGAUGUAAUAAACCAAAACUGAUUACUAUUCGUAAGCCGUGAAUGAAUUCAAAUUAAUAUCAAUUCCUUUUGUUUUGGAAAGGGAAACACUGGCAGUGGUCCACUCUACCAAUGAUUAUGAGUUUUGGUAUCAUCUCUUUUUGGUUGAUUUCAGGGUCCUUGACAAAGUCGGAAUGUAAAACUGAUAACUUCAUCAAUAAGGAGAUAAUUUCAACAAUUUUGAAAUUUUACCUUUUUGAGUCAGCAUAUCUGUCGAUCAUUGACUGAAUAUGCCAAUUUAUACUCAUUCAAGUUGGUAUCAAA